CGCGCUCUCGUGGCCUCGCUGUCCCGGCGGCGCCAACCGAAGCGCCGCGCCCGCUGCCGACAUGCUGCGCCGCGCUCUGCUCUGCCUGGCCCUGGCCGCGCUGCCGCGCGCGGGCGCCGCCGCCCCGGAGGAGGAGGACCACGUCCUGGUGCUCCACAAGGGCAACUUCGAGGAGGCGCUCGCGGCCCACAAGUACCUGCUGGUGGAGUUCUAUGCCCCUUGGUGUGGCCACUGCAAGGCUCUGGCCCCCGAGUACGCCAAAGCUGCUGGGAAACUGAAGGCAGAAGGUUCGGAGAUCAGGCUGGCAAAGGUCGAUGCCACGGAAGAGUCCGAUCUGGCCCAGCAGUAUGGUGUCCGUGGCUACCCUACGAUCAAGUUCUUCAAGAACGGAGACACAGCUGCUCCCAGGGAGUACACAGCCGGCAGAGAGGCCGAGGACAUCGUGAGCUGGCUGAAGAAGCGCACAGGCCCUGCUGCCACCACGCUGCCCGAUGGGGCCGCUGCAGAGGCCUUGCUGGAGUCCAGUGAGGUGACCGUCAUUGGCUUCUUCAAGGACGUGGAGUCGGACUUUGCCAAGCAGUUCUUGCUGGCAGCAGAGGCCAUCGAUGACAUACCUUUUGGGAUCACAUCCAACAGUGAUGUGUUCUCCAAAUACCAGCUCGACAAGGAUGGGGUUGUACUCUUCAAGAAGUUUGAUGAAGGCCGCAACAACUUUGAGGGGGACGUCACCAAAGAGAAGCUGCUGGACUUCAUCAAACACAACCAGCUGCCGCUGGUCAUCGAGUUCACGGAGCAGACAGCCCCAAAGAUCUUCGGAGGUGAAAUCAAGACCCACAUCCUGCUGUUCCUGCCCAAGAGCGUAUCUGACUAUGACAGUAAACUGAGCAACUUCAAGAAAGCCGCUGAGCGCUUCAAAGGGAAGAUCCUGUUCAUCUUUAUCGACAGCGAUCACACUGACAACCAGCGCAUCCUAGAGUUCUUCGGCCUCAAGAAGGAGGAGUGCCCCGCUGUGCGCCUCAUCACCCUGGAGGAGGAGAUGACCAAGUACAAGCCGGAGUCGGACGAGCUGACAGCAGAGAGGAUCGAGGAGUUCUGCCACCGCUUCCUGGAGGGCAAGAUCAAGCCCCACCUCAUGAGCCAGGAGCUGCCUGAAGACUGGGACAGACAGCCCGUCAAGGUGUUGGUCGGGAAAAACUUCGAAGAAGUUGCCUUUGACGAGAAAAAGAAUGUCUUUGUGGAAUUCUAUGCCCCAUGGUGUGGGCACUGCAAACAGCUGGCUCCCAUUUGGGAUAAGCUGGGAGAGACGUACAAGGACCAUGAAAACAUCAUCAUCGCCAAGAUGGACUCGACGGCUAACGAGGUGGAGGCCGUCAAAGUGCACAGCUUCCCCACGCUGAAGUUCUUCCCCGCGAGCACGGACAAGACGGUCAUUGAUUACAACGGGGAGCGGACGCUCGACGGUUUUAAGAAGUUUUUGGAGAGCGGUGGUCAGGACGGGGCCGGGGAUGAUGAUGAUCUGGAAGAUCUGGAAGAAGCAGAAGAGCCUGACCUGGAGGAGGAGGAAGAUCAGAAAGCUGUAAGAGAUGAGCUGUGACCUGGGCACCCCAGACACGACACCCCCGCGGGCAGCGUGCCCUGGCAGCGCGGCCUCCGAAAGCCCGGGGACCUUCACAGGCAGGAGGGAACACCGACCAGAAAUGCAGGGAAUUUUUCUGAAGCAACACUUCAUCCUAACACGUGUAAAUUUAGACCCAUCUCUUCUGCUUUUCAAUUUUUGGAAAGGGAUUUCUCUCCAGGCCAGCUCACCUUGGUGGGCCGUUUUUUUUUUUUUUUUUUAAAUUGUGAUGUACUUUUUCGUACAUGAUUUUGUCCAAAGCGCUCGUUAAAAUGUCCUGGAAUCUCAUGCAGGUGAAGUCUCCUUCCUAUUAGGUUUAUACUAUCACUUUAAAAAAUUCCACUUGUGGGAUUUUGAGACAUUUUUGGACGUCAGGGUGUCUGUCCCACUGUGGCCGGGCCUCCCUGGAGACUCCUGUCCCCUGCGUGGGGAGGGGCCGGGCCAGGCUGGACGGCUCCCUCUCACCUCGUGCCGGUGUCGCCGUGACGGAGCGUGGCUCUCAUGUUGUUGGCUUAAAUGGAGACGCUGGGUCUCUGUCACGGGGGGCCUUUUACGACUGCAGGGGGUGGUGGGUGCCGGCUGAGCCCAGGACAGACCUGGGCAGCUCCCCUGCCUCCCCAAGCCAGGCUCCCCGGUGCUCUGACUUCCAGUGCCACCUGAGGCCUGCGGCAGGCAGAACCAGAACCCUCCAUUCCCAGGCUAGGAAACGGCCAAGGGUGCUUGAGCCGAACCACGUGUGGGCCGUUCUUCAGCCAUUUCUACCACGAUAUUGGAAUUGAACACAUUGGCCAAAUAAAGUUGAAAUUUUACUACC